CCUUCUUUGAUACACAGCCCACUAUCCAACGUCCAAUACUUGGCAUGUGCGGGCUGCUUGUGACCGUACUCACGUCUAUGUGAUACAAGCAAUGUAAUAAUGACGUUGCAGAAAAAAAGGCAGCCAAGGGCGGGCCAACAUUCGAGGCGUCAGGCAGUGAGGGCUCAGGGGAGAGGAGACGAGGAGUCACUUGGUUCAGUGAUCAGCAGUUUGGCAGCGACAGUGAGAGUACCCCUCAAGAUGAUGGCUCACAAAAGGCUGCUUCUUGCUUGUGGCUCAAGGCUGGUCUCUCAAAAUGGCUCUUUUUCAACAUCUGCCAUGGCUCACAAGAGCUACAAGCUGGUGGUGGUGGGAGGAGGUGCGGGAGGGUGUGCCACGGCUGCCAAGUUCUCCUCUAAGCUGGGUGCCGGCAAUGUGGCGGUGAUUGAGCCAGCUGACACCCACUUCUACCAGCCCAUGUGGACUCUGGUGGGUGGAGGCAUGAAGAGGCUGGAGGAGUCUGGCCGGCCCAUGAGUCAGGUCCUCCCCAAAAAGGCAGAUUGGAUCAAGCAGCGAGUAGUGACCUUUGACCCUCACAAGAACAAGGUCAUAACUCAGGAUGGCCAGGAGAUCAGCUAUGAAUUCCUGGUUGUUGCUCUCGGUAUCCAGCUCAACUACAAUCAGAUCAAGGGCUUACCUGAUGCCUUUGAGACUCCUGGUGUGUGCUCCAACUAUUCCCCUCUUUAUGUCACCAAGACACUAGAGAGUCUGAAGAACUUUAAAGAGGGAAAUGCUCUGUUCUCCUUCCCCAACACUCCUGUCAAGUGUGCUGGAGCCCCUCAGAAGAUCAUGUACAUUUCUGACCAGUAUCUCCGUAAGCACGGGAAACGUGAUAAGGCCAACAUUCAGUACUUUACAUCCCUGCCAGUCAUCUUUGGCAUCAAGAAGUAUGCUGAUGCCUUAUGGGAGGUGGUGAAGGAGCGAAAGAUCACCGUCAACUUGCGCCAUAAUCUCAUCGAGGUGAAGCCAGACUCCCGGGAAGCUGUGUUCCAGAACCUAGAGAACCCAGAUGACCUCAAGACAAUUAAGUAUGAGAUGCUUCACGUGACGCCCCCAAUGAGUUCACCCGACCCCCUACGCCAGUGUGCUGCCCUCACCAAUGAGACAGGCUAUCUGAAUGUAAACAAACACACCCUACAGCAUGUCACCUUUCCUAAUGUGUUCGGCAUUGGGGAUUGCACCAGCGUUCCCACCUCCAAGACUGCAGCUGCUGUGGCUGGCCAGUUUGGAGUGAUGCAGAGGAACUUGAGGCUGGCGAUGGGUGGUACGUCCCCUAAACACCAGUAUGAUGGCUACACCUCCUGCCCUCUAGUUACUGGUUACUCCAAGUGCAUCCUGGCAGAGUUUGACAUGGAUGGGAACCCACUGGAGACAUUUCCCAUCAACCAGGCCAAGGAGCGGCGCACCAUGUUCCACCUCAAGAAGGACAUGAUGCCAACCAUGUAUUGGAAUGGAAUGCUCAAAGGCUACUGGGAGGGACCAAAGUACCUGAGAAAACUUAUGCACUUGGGAAUGAAGUGAAGAGAAAAAGAACACUUGAGCAAAUUUGUUGGUUAGUCUUAUUUUUGUAGUAAAAUGAAUUGAGGUAGAUGUCUGUAAAUAAAUCAGUUAAAACUAAUUCCUUUUAUAAAACUAAAUUUUUUACUGUAGAAGUUGAUGAUGUAUGAAAUGUAUGAUUCAGUUUGAAUCCUACAAGACAAUUUCAUUAAUGUAAUUGUUGUGGAAGUUGUAACAAAAAAAUAUUUUAUUUUAAUAACUGAAAUUAAUACAAUUCAAUCAACUACUGUUGUAAAAUAUACUGUGAUAAUUGGUUAAGGAAGCACCUGAUAAAAAUUGAGGAAUACCUUUGUUGAAAUGGACUGGGAAAAUUGGAAAGAAAAAGAAGCUAAGCAAAACAAAUGUAUGACCUAAACACUUUAAAAGCACAUAUCCUGAAAUUUGUGAGAACAAUGACAAUUUUUUUGCAUUUAUUUUGUGAUAUGAGACAAGGUGUGGUGGGGCAGAGGCCACUCAGAUGUCCCCAGUCCUGAUGUACACACCUUGUCUCUGCUCCUCCUCUAUGGGCAAGUAAACCUGAUAGGUAUAUACCAGACAGAAAAGAUCUGAUGUUAUUUUAUAACACUACAAGUGAUACUGUUGGUGUUGGUAGAAUGUUUCUGCUUAUUAGACACUGCUGUCAUUUUAAAUACAGUUCAUUCUUAUUAAUGCUCUCCUUUUAAUCUUGAUGUAUGUGCUCCAGUAACUAGCCAGUCUUUCUUUUCAAUAUUGCUUGUUUUGUGAUUCAGGAUAGAUGAUACACUCAUCUCAGAUUGACCCUUGUGAUAAUAAAACAAUCCAGUCCUAACUGUUAUUGUCUCCCAUACAAAUGUAUUAGUAGUUUGCUAUGAUCACAGUUCCACCACUAUUCCACAUAGAAAUGUUACCGUUAGGUGCUGUGGAGUAAUGGUCAUUUCAUGGGACAGUGAGACUCAGCCUGUAGGAAGGUUUUAUUAGAUAGACAGGAGUGGGUGGUACCAUGUUAACUGUUAAGAAAUAUACUCUGCUGGUGCCUGUGUGAUAUGUACAUCAGCAUGACUAUUAGGUCUGUGGAUUUGCCUACUUAUGAUAGUACAGCAGUACAUACUAAAUUCAGUUGACAAAAAAUGCUGGAUCACAAGAACUUAUGCGAGGUUUGUGAGUGCUAUGCAUAGCCUUUCAUCUUUUGUUCCACUUGUGUAUGCAGUGACACGACAGUCAUGGCUCACCAGGAAUCACUCAGGCCUUGGUGGUCUUUGCCUAAUUGUUUACCGUGAGUGUCCUGACCAGGCAUUCCACCUCCAGCAGUGUUCCCUCACGGCCAGUUUAUCCUUCAUACCGACUCCUCUGUGUUCCUGUAAUGCACCAAAGGGGGAUAUGGCACUUACAGGUCUGCUGUUAAGUUCAUUUAUCUAGAUUUGAUAAGAUGUGUGCUCAUGUUUUUCCUUUCCUUAAGGUGUGUCCACACAGUUGAACAGUGUCCGUCAGACAAACACUGCUACCAUAUCAUAAGGUGAAGCAGGAUGACAUCAUCAGCGUUUAAAUGAGGGAAGAUGAUAUAGCAACAAACAGUGGUACCAGAUAAAGUUGUAAACCAUAGUUUCUACCCUGUUCACCAGACAAAGACUGGCAGACAAUGCUCGAAGCUGAUGUCUGUUAGCAACACAUGGUAUUUAUGUCAGUGUUAGUGUGGAUUUUGGCAACAAGUGGUUGUUGCCAGCGUCUAGUGUGGUACAUCACCAUGAUGCACAAAAAGAUAAAAAACAAAACCAAGAAAAUUGCACUAUGCAGCAUAAUAAUUGGUGCGCUGUGUGAGGACAAGGUGACAAGGGAAUGGUGCAAGAACUGGUUAAAAAUACGAAGAGAAAGGGAAAGUCAUGCAACCAUUUUACAUGAACUGUGUAUUGAUGAGGACUAAUCAAAUUAGCAGACCCUGAUAACCAAGUAACUUUGCACAUUGUGUGGCUGUCAGUAUCGUGUACUUCCAAGCCUCUGUCCCACCAGACAUUGUCCAAUGUUCCAAUACUACAAACAUGGACAGUGUCCAGUACAGCUCUUGGUGCUCGCUUCGGACGUUAUCAACGAGCCUUUCUGCUUUCCAUUGUAUCUGUUAGCAGUUUUGUCCGAUGGAAACUGUUCGACCAUGUGGACGCACCUUUAGUCUGUGCUUUUACCCAAAUGCAUUCUUUCAUUCAUAUAUUUUGCAUCCCAUUCACAAAUUAUGCUGAAUGCACUUGUUUCCAUGUCUGUGUUUUUGUAUUAUUAACACAAACCAGAGUAAUCUUUGAAAGAAUGUGCAGCAACACAUUUUAAAUACAUUACAUCUAUAAUUAGAUUGAAUUUGUACUACUGAACAGACUCAUUGCCUUCCCCUCACUACACCUUAAAUAUAAUGGACAUAUUAUAGAUGUGGCAAUCCUGCUGCCCACUACAGUGUGGUCUAUACUACCUGGAGUGCAACCAAGGUGCUCAAUCAUAUAGCUGGCAAUGAGGCAUGGGAUGUAGAGUGUGAGCCUCCAGACUCUGUGUACUAGAGUUGUCUUAAAGUGAUGAAUUUGAGGACUGGUGAUCAACUCCCCUAUAUGUCUGUUUUCAUAAUGAGACAAGACACAGGGGAGGAGCAACAAAUAUCCUCCAAAUCCUGCUGCAGGUGUUUUGUUUCAGCUAUGUCGUCUUUAAGGAGACUGCUAGCUUGGAACAUAUAUAGACUACAUAACUGUACAUCACACUUAGCUAGUUCCUUUCAUUGGAAACAACAGAGCACUCGUUAGUUGUCCUUCAUCACCAGCUGCGAGAUGUCUUCACAACAGGUCCCCUUCACCAAGUCCUCAAUAGCUCUCAAAACCUUCACAACAGGUCUUCUUCACCUAGUCCCCAUUAGCUCUCAUAACCUUCUUCUUUCACUGCCUGUCAUCUUCCAAGGCUUCCUGUUCUUCCCCUGAGCUCUGACAAUGAAUAUCUUGUUGUCCAUUGCCAUUUCCCUCAUGGAACGAGAAGGAAUCAUAAACUCCACUUUGUCAUGGGUGACUUGUGGUGGGAUGUGGUGUGUUCUCUGAGACGUGUACAGCAGCUCCAGGGCAAAGAUGAUACAGGAUGUCACCAUGCCAGCAAGGAGCAGCAGGAAGGCCGUCAGGAUGUUGCUGCAACAUGGAAGUCAAGAAUGGAAGUGUUCUUGAAUCAACUGAACACCACUUAAUGUCAUCAUUAAAAUUAUUAUUGGUUAUCCAAGACUUUUACCUUCCUUUGCCAGUUUUUGUCAGAUUUUCAGUUUGUCAAGCAUCAGUAUUCAUGAGUGUGAUUUUUUUUACAUGCCACUUAUUAAGAACAGCUGAGGUCCAGAAACAUAACUUGCACUCAUUCUUUCUGUGCUUAGUAUUUUCCUCAAUAUUUUCAGCUGAUAAAUACUUUGAUAAAUUCUCAGCAUAUCAGAAGAUUUAAAAUUAAGAUAACACUAAGCACAGGAAAUGAGUGUGCUAAGUUAGCUAUUGACCACUAAUGUACCUAGAUACUAUACCUGUAUACGGCAUAUGUAUUUUUCUAAGGUCAGUAUUAAAUAUAUAUCGGUAACA